CUUCUCCCUCAUUCAAGUCAACCUUCCAUAUUUCACAGCCCGGCGAAGCCAACACGACCAACACAAUGGCUCCAUCCUCUACUGAGAUAGCGGCCAAUGCCGUGGGUGCGAGAGCGCGGAUUCAGCAAUUCAUCUAUCAGACACCACUUAUUCCGGCUCAGAAGGUUGGCAAAAGCGAUGGCGCCACUGUUCUCUUCAAGGCCGAGAACUUCCAAUUGACUGGGUCAUUCAAAAUCCGAGGCGCCAUGUCUAAGAUGUCGACCAGCGCCGCUAACAAAAGUCUGAUUACUGCAUCAUCCGGCAAUCAUGGAGUUGGAGCUGCACUGGCAGCAAAGACCUUUGGUAGAAGCCUCACUGUCGUUCUCCCAGAAACAGUCGUCCCAGCUAAGCUUGAGAAGAUCAAGUCCUAUGGUGUUGAGGUCAUCUUGCAUGGCCAGGAAACUGGUCUCGCGGAGAGGCAUGCGCAGGAGCUUGCGGCAUCGGGAGCUUAUGAGUACAUUUCGCCGUACAACGACAUCGAUAUUAUAUCGGGGCAAGCAACAAUUGGGAUCGAAAUUCUCGAACAGUGCGGUCACGUCGACAAUAUCUUCAUUUCCGUUGGCGGUGGAGGCCUGAUCAGCGGUGUCGCGUCGGUUAUCAAGGACGCCAAGCCAGCGACCAAGAUCUACGGUGUUUCUGCGGUUAACUCUCGAGCUUUGGCCGAAUCGAUAGCUGCUGGUAAAGUGGUGGAGACGAAGCACCUGCCCACAAUUGCUGAAGCUGUUGCUGGUGGUAUUGAUUAUGACACAAUUACUCUACCACUGGCCAUGUCGGUGGUAGACCAUUUGAUCGACUGUAGGGAGGAAGAGAUUAUCAGUGCUAUGAAAGAGAUGGCUUUCGACGAGCAUAUGAUUGUCGAAGGGUCUGCUGCUCUCGCCUUGGCCGGGUUUAGAAGAGUAGCGCCAAGCCUGGCUGGGCAGACAUCGAUUAUUCUCUUAUGUGGCGCAAAUGUCGGUGUACCAGGUAUGAAAGAAAUUAUCUUUCCUACUUAAUAUAUAUCUUGUUGAGC